CGGAGGCAAGAUGGCGGGCGGUGCGCAGGCGCGGCGAGUGGCCGUGGAGGGCGAGCAAGUCGGUGUUGCUGCCAUCGCUGCCGCCGGCCGUGUGUGAGGCAGCCGCUGACCCUCAGCCCCGGCACUGACAGUGAGGAGCGGCUGGCGGGCCGUGGGCGCCGGCUCCCCGCCGACAUGUACUUCCUCAGCGGGUGGCCCCGCAGGCUCCUGUGUCCGCUCCGCGGCUCAGAAAAGCCCUUCUACAUCCAGGCCGACCCGCGGAGGCUGCUGUUCGCUCUCCUGUCGCAGACGCAGCUCAGCCUGUGGUACGGAAGGCCCAGUGUUUUAAUUGUAAGCUACAAGGAAUCUGCAAAGGCAGCUGCACAGUUUGGGACAUAUGAAAAGACAGAAUGGAAGUCCGAUAGCAGCAUGAUCGCUGUUGCGACGAAAAAUGGAUACAUCUUACUCUUUGACAUUGUGUAUUCAGGACAAGAGAAAUACUUAUAUGAACCAGCCUAUCCCAAGGGAAAUCAAAGAGUCAAGGUAACUACCGGUUACAAGGAGGAACAAUGUGCUCCAUCAAUAACUGUAGAGAUGAAGAAGGUGCUGGAUUUCCAAGCACAAAUCACAAGUUUGCAGUCAAUGCAGGAUGAUUUAGUAAUCGCUACCAAUGAUAGGAUACUCCAUCUUAUUCACUGGGAUGGUUUAACAAAUGGAAGGAAAGCCAUUAAUCUUUGUUCUGUUCCAUUUUCUGUAGACCUCCAGUCGUCACGAGGUCCUUCAUUAGAUUUUGAGUGUGUAUGUAUCCAAGAUAUGGAAUACUGUGCAACUCUUGAUGGGUUUGCUGUGGUUUUUGAUGAUGGUCGGAUCGGUUUCAUUACUCCUGAGUCCAGUAAACUUACAGCUGAGGAUUUUCAUGGUGUAUGGGCACAAGACGUUACUGAUGGCACUUGUGUGGCUAUUAACAACAAAUACAAAUUGAUGGCAUUUGGCUGUGCAAAUGGUUCUGUUUUAGUUUACACAAUGGAUACAACCACAGGAAGCAUGCAACUAUCCCACAAGUUGGAAUUAACUCCAAAACAUUACCCUGAUAUUUGGAAUAAAACCGGGGCUGUGAAAUUGGUCAAAUGGUCACCCGAUUGGAGUGUUGCUAUGGUAACAUGGGAUUGUGGAGGCUUAUCUUUGUGGAGUGUUUUUGGUGCUCAUCUAUUUUGCACAUUAGGUGGUGACUUUGCGCAUUAUUCUGAUGGCACAAAAAAGGAGCCCAUUAAAAUCAGCUCUAUGAGCUGGGGUGCUGAAGGUUAUCACCUUUGGGCAAUUUCCAGUGAUAACAACAAUCAGCAAAUAAACAGUGACCUGGAAAAUAAAAGUGUGAUACAGCAGGCAGAAAUUCUUCAAUUCCAAUUCAUCAAAAGCGCUCUAACAGUCAAUCCCUGCAUGAAUAACCAGGAGCAAGUACUUCUGCAAGGGGAGGAUCGUCUAUAUUUGAAUUGUGGUGAUGCCUUGCAGAAUCAGAAUUCAAGUACUGCAUCAGCAAAUUCAGGCCACCAGCCAGUCAGGGAAAAGAACCUUCUUUUGGAUGACAUUCUAAUUCCUCAGGGUUUAAGCACUUUAUUAGGACACAGGCACUGGCAUAUUGUACAGAUCCACAGUACCUAUCUAGAAAGUAACUGGCCAAUAAAGUUCGCAGCAAUAGAUCAUCUGGGUCAGUAUGUUGCUGUGGCAGGCAAAUAUGGAAUUGCACACUACGCUUUGUUUACAAGAAAAUGGAAACUUUUUGGAAAUAUUACGCAGGAACAAAAUAUGGCAGUGACCGGUGGUUUGGCAUGGUGGAAUGAUUUCAUUGUUUUAGCCUGUUAUAAUUUGAUUGACCAACAAGAGGAGCUGAGACUUUAUCUCCGAUCAUCCAAUCUGGACAAUGUGUUUGCUCAUAUUACCAAAGUGCAGGCGGAGACUUUAUUAAUAAAUGUCUUCAGGGACAUGGUGAUUUUGUUCAGGGCAGACUGCUCUAUCUGCUUAUACAGUAUUGAUCGGAAUGAUAAUGGACCUAAUCCCACUGCCAGUGUUCAGGUUCUGCAAGAGGUAUCCAUGUCACGUUACAUCCCACAUCCUUCACUUGUGGUAUCAAUAACUUUGACUUCUGUGAGAACAGAAACCGGCAUCACCUUGAAAAUGCCACAGCAGGCCUGUGCUGCAGAGAGCAUUAUGCUAAAUUUGGCAGGUCAGCUUAUCAUGCUACAAAGGGAUCGAUCAGGUCCUCAGGUACGAGAGAAGGACAGUAUUUCCAAACAUAAGAAGCUGCUCCCAUCCUGUGCACCCAUUGUACUUGCGCAGUGUGUUGAAAAUGUGUGGACAACUUGCCGAUCCAACAAACACAAACGUCAUUUGCUCGAAGCGCUCUGGCUCAGUUGUGGAGAAGCAGGAAUGAAAGUUUGGCUCCCUCUUUUUCCUCGAGACAAUCGCAAACCACAUUCCUUCCUAUCCAGGCGGAUUAUGUUGCCAUUCCAAAUCAAUAUCUAUCCCUUGGCUGUUCUAUUUGAAGAUGCCCUAGUCCUUGGCGCAGUGAAUGAAACUGUGCUAUAUGAUAAUUUAUAUGUACAUAACAGUGAAAACAAACCAUUAGAAGUCCUAUUCCCUUUUUGUACUGUUGAGAGGACUUCCCAAAUCUACCUCCACCAUAUUCUUCGCCAGCUCCUCGUCAGGAACCUUGGUGAGCAGGCUCUGCUCUUAGCUCAGUCCUGUGCUACAUUGCCCUAUUUCCCUCAUGUACUGGAACUGAUGCUUCACGAAGUAUUGGAAGAAGAAGCUACCUCCCGGGAACCUAUUCCUGACCCAUUGCUUCCAACUGUGGCAAAGUUCAUUGCCGAAUUCCCUCUGUUUCUGCAGACAGUAGUUCAUUGUGCUAGAAAAACUGAAUAUGCCUUGUGGAAUUAUCUGUUUGCUGCUGUAGGCAAUCCUAAAGAUCUGUUUGAGGAAUGUUUACUGGCACAAGAUUUGGACACUGCUGCGUCUUAUCUCAUCAUCCUGCAGAACAUGGAGGUCCCAACAGUUAGCAGACAGCAUGCAACACUGCUCUUCAACACAGCUCUUGAACAAGGAAAAUGGGAUCUUUGUCGACAUAUGAUCCGUUUCUUGAAAGCCAUUGGCACAGGAGAAUUAGAAACUCCUCCACCCACUCCUACAACUCAGGAACCUAGCUCAACUGGUGGUUUUGAGUUCUUCAAACAUAGGAGCAUUAGUUUUUCACAGUCAACAGAGGGGCUCAGUACUGGUAAAUUUAACCUCCAGAAGACACUAAGCAUGCCUUCAGGGCCCUCGGCCAAAAGGUGGAGUAAAGAUGUUGAUAGCGCUGAGAAUAUGUACAUAGAUGAAAUGCUUUGGCGUCAUGCACGAAGACUUUUGGAGGAGAUGAGAUUAAAAGAUCUGAGCAGUUUUGCGGCACAGUUAGGGUUUGAGCUCAUUGGGUGGCUCUGUAAAGAAAGGACUCGAGCAGCACGAGUUGAAGACUUUGUAAAGGCUUUAAAAAGACUUCAUAAGGACUUCCUUUGGCCGUUUCCUGUUAUUCCUUCCUGCUCCUUUGUAAACUCACCGUUCAAAAAUGGUAAAUACAAAGCAGUUGGAGAUCAGUUUCUUAAGUCACAGUCAAUGGAGACAUUUGCAAACAGUGAGUUGGAGAGUGGAAUCAUAAACGCACGUGGUAGUCACAUCUGCCUUGGUCUAAAUACUGCCCAUGGAGAGAUGGAUUCUGGCUCCUUCCAGGGACCUCAGAUGCAGGAUGCAAUUUUGUCACCAUUGCUUUCUAAAGGUGAUGAAUGCAGCAUUGGCUCAGCAACUGAUCUCACAGAAACCAGUUCAAUGGUAGAUGGGGACUGGACUAUGGUCGAUGAACAUUUUUCCACACUCAGUCUCACGCCAUCUGAGCUGGAGUAUAUUUCAAUGGAGCUGGCCAAUAAAGGCCCUUGUAAGUCACAGGUUCAGUUAAGGUAUCUGCUCCACAUCUUUAUGGAAGCUGGCUGUUUGGAAUGGUGUACAGUCACAGCACUCAUCCUCCGAGAUUCUGCAGUGAUGGGUCAAAUAAUCAGUUCAAUACAACGCUCCGAGAUUUCCAACGAUAUUUUGCAGGGUAUUAAAGACGGCAUGCUUGCUGUGGAUGGAUGGGCUUCAUCAGACUGCCCUGGAUACAAGCCAUUUCUGAAUCGCAUAAAGCCUCAGCUGCAAAAAUUGAACACGGUCACGGAGGAGCAGAUUCAGCCUGAAGCUUUUCAGCCUUCAAGUCGACUGAGCAUAUCAAAGGCAGUGGAGCCACCUAGUCCAUGGUCAGAAGACAGUAGAAACACUGCGAGUCACGUUAAUAGUAGCCAGAAUGACAAUGGUAGUGGCAUCAGCAGGCAGGAAGAUGAUGGCCAGAGAGAGGAGGAAGAGGAACCACAUGUGGAUGAAGGGAGUUAUGAGUGCUCUCUGUCGUGAAUAGUUACUCUUCAGACAGCUGUAGUCCAAACUUUAAGAAUGCAAAUGAAUCAUUGGUGCCUUCCAUCAGUGUUGUGCACAUGUCUUGUGUGUUAAGGGGAAAUUCCCUCUCACGUACAGAAGUGUACAGAGCCAGUUUGCAACAAAAUGUCAGCCUUUGUUUCAUAAAAUCAAACUAGUGACAUCUUGAUCAUUGAAAUAGACUGCUGAUGUACAUAAUCUCUGGUAAGGUAACUCCACUCCUGUGAUUUUUGUAAAUACAAUUUUUAUCAUUCUGUGCUCCUGGGCAUCAUGCAAUGAAAAUAUACAUGAAUUGUGCUAAGGACAAUUGUAUAAAAGUAACAUCUUUCCAAAAGCUGUUUUCCAUGCAUUCAUUGGAACUUGAGUCUGAAGCACCAGUGCCUUUGAAAAAUGUGUUUUAAUAAUGCCUUGUUUUAGGCACAAGGUUGGUGUACUGUAACAGUGCUCACGGUUCAGAUUCAAGUGUUCCAAAUUAUUUUUUUGUUAUUCGUGGUCCGGAGAGCAUCAAGAAAUAGUACUGUACAAAACCGAAGCUGAUUUGGGUUAAGGCUCAAAUUUUAGGCACAGAUUUAUUCAUUGGCACUCAUGAAAUAUUGAAUGAAUGGCCAUAUUUUGUGAUAUGAAUUGAAACAAAAGUUUUUGUCCACAUUUUCUAAGAAAUGUUCUAAGGCAUCAGUGAGAAAUGCAGUGAUUGCAGGAAAAUUAGUUCUACAAAAUUUAUUAAGUUUCUUUGUAGCACUCCACUUUAAUUAAUUUGGUAGCUUUAAGGAUAACCAAGACAUGUGAUUUGUGAAAGAUUACUUGCUUCCAUGUAAAAAUCUGAAGGAUGAAACCAUCAAUCUAGUUAAAGAGCUUAUUAUUGUAAAGCAAAUUUUAAAAGACAGUGUUAAGUACAUUUGAAAGUGGACCCUGAUUCUCCAUUGUAUUUGUUUUGCUUCCUGGCACUCAACCCUUAAAUGACUCAAAAUGUAGACAUUUAUUCCCUCAAGUAUUUCAUUUUCACUUUAUUUAGAUCAAAUGUAUUACCACAGCUUUUGGUCAUGAGUAUCUCAUUGAAAUUGGUAAUUAAAUUGAACUUCUGGCCAUAAUUCUCCAUUGGUUACCACGUGAUUUAGCCCCAACUAUAAUUAUAGUGGUCUGGAACCACUCAGUAAUUAAGCUCUUAAAGAAAUGGUUAAAAGAGGUCAGGAACUCUUUUCAAAAUAUCCGAGGUGAUAUAACCAACUGUACUCUCUGCUUGAACCCAUUACCCCUGCAAAGUAUGGGUUAGUACUACAUAAGAACUAGGCAUUGAAAUGUUGGGAUCUCUUCCCUCACCCCAGAACAUCUGAAUAGAUUAAUUGUUCAUACCUGAAAGAUUUGUAAAGUCAAGCACCUAUUGGUAGCAGUUUAAAAUACGCUCGUUCGUUCUAUCUGUGCUGAAUUACCUGCUGGCUGGCAAGAUCUACAAAUCAUGCUGUUUGGUUCCACAAUCACUGGAUAUUUCAAUGCCACAAAAUCACAGGUCAUCAGCAAAACCCAUUACCAUUUUUGAAGUAAAAGACAUGUGGGUGAGUUGUGAAUGAGGCUCUAUGUUAAACUUUGAAACCUGUGUUGGUGCUUAAGGAAUUGAUCUUCUGCCCUCAAGUAUUUUAUACAGAAUUUUUUCUAAAAUAAAGUGCAUUUCAAAUUUUGUUCAAAGCAUAAUCAUUAACCAAACUGCUCAUACAUCUGUUUAUAUUGUAUAGUGUUUGCGCAUGUGUUGCAUGAGCAUUUGGCAGCUCAAACAUUAAAAUGUGAUGCUGUUUGAAUUUUGUACCCUGUUGUGAGAUUUGCAUUGUAAAAUAAAUACCAUUGCUUUGUAGAAGGGAGGAGCUGGAAAAUAUCAUUUAUGAAAAUUAGACUGUUUUAACAGGUUUGCGUUUAGAAAUAUCUUUAUUUAUUGCUUUCCCAAAAACUUAAGCUUUGUUCUAGAUGCAAAAAGUAUUUUUAUGUAAAUAAAAUAAACCUAUGUAAUCAUGGUUUUUUUUUAAAUACUUGGUUAGAUUCUAGCAAGGUGUAAAAUAUGAACAGUAACAAGCAACAUUAUUUUAAUAGCUUUUAACAAAACUUGUCAUAACUAAAGCUUGAUUAUGAUAUUGAUCCACUGUCAAGGGAAUAAACCCAGACACCAAUUAAUUUCCUACUCAGAUCAAAGUGCUGCCAAGUAUGGUCUUAUGUAGUGGUACUAUCUACAUAUCUUUUCCUUGCAACUCAAUGCAGAAGUAAAUGUACCUGAAGCAGUAUUAAGAGAGCAUAUAUUUGUUACUGUGCAAUUUGAACAAAAAAAUGCAACAGGUUGCUUAUUUUGUACAACAAUAUUGAGUAGUAUAUUUUUAUAGUUAAACUGAAUUUAAAUGAAUUUUGAUGUGGACCAAAUUGGUAAUCGUGCCCCAAAUAAUAAUUAGUAUAUUAAUUAUAACUUUCAAAGAUAUGUUAGGCCUGUAGGAUAAUAAUGGAAAGCUACAGAAUUAAUUAAAACGCAAUAUCUCCUUUAAAAGGGAUUUUAACAUUAUUUUUGUUGAAUGCUUGUUGGAAUGGAGAGAAUGAGUUGACACUGAAUUAAUAUUGCACAUGUACCAUAUAAUAAGACUUAAGCUAUUGUAAUACAGCUAAUAUACACAUGUGCAUUAUUUGGUAAACAGCCUCUAUAAUUGGCAGGGCUAAAUUGAGGCCAGAUUCUUAACUCAAUUUGAAGUGUGCUUGGCUGCACAUCCACACACGACAAGGUUAAGUAUAUUUUAGACAAUCUUGUCUGUUUUGUGAGCAAUUAUGUUUUUUAUGUGCGGUAGUAGCUUCAUAUUUAAAUCUGCUUACUUUUAAAGUUUCACGAGUGUACUCAAUUCAGUUUGCUGACGUGACCUUCAAAUAAUUUACCUUUUAACCUGUUAAAGCACCCCAGAGCAAUUUGGAGCGCACUAAAAUCUAGUUAUUACUUAUUUAGAAAAACUUUAAAUUAAGCAGUAAUGCUACUAUUAAGACAUUUUCAUUCAGUCCCAAACGUGAUUGGAAGUCAUUUUUAGACAUAAAGCUUUUAAAUCAAAAAACAAAAAUAUCUGCCUGUAACUGACAACUAUUAAAUUCAUAGAUGAGAUGGUUAACAGCUGCACAGUUGAGCAUGGUCUGGUGUUUAACAAGUCCUCAAUGCUAUAGUAACAUGGGCAUAGAGUUCUUUCUGCAAGAAUCAUUGAUGGAAUGAAUGGCAAUUCUUCUCUGUUCUAUUACUAUCAAGAUUAUUUGCUUUUGUUUCCUGGCAUAUGUACAAUUUUACAGCAAUAAACAUUUGAUUACAUAA